UGAAAAAGGAACCAUCUGAUAACAAAAUUAGAUAGAAAUUUUGCUGAAACUGUUCAACAAACAAUUGAUUUUAAUUCAAAACAUACUCGAGUGCUAGACAUUGGUUGCGGAACAGGUACUUGGAUCAUGGAUAUGGCAACUGAGUUCCCCAAUACUCAAUUUAUCGGUGUUGACAAGACGCCUCUUUUCCCUGAAGCUAUUCGACCUCCAAAUGCUUCUUUUAGAUUACUUGAUGUUGUGGAAGGAUUACCCUUUGAAGAUAACUCAUUUGACUUGAUUAAUACUCGCUUAUUUUUACUUGACCUUCAUCCUGAGUUCUGGUCAGAUUUUAUCAAAGAAGUACUGCGUGUCACAAAGCCUGGUGGCCUGUUUCAAAUGAUGGAGCAUCAAGUUAUAGAUGAGGGUGAUGAAGUGGUACAAGACUUCUCAACUCGAGUGGAAGAAAUGAUGGCUAAAGAAGGUAUAGAUGCUAGAGUAUGUGAUAAACUAGACGUAUUACUUGGUGAAAGCGGCUUUAUUCCUAAACAGGCGAUGGUCAAAUCAAUUCCUUUAAGUAAGUGUGUAUUAUGUAAUCCUGUCUAUUCAUUUCCUUGUUAUAUAGAAGGACAUGUGCUUUCUGAUGAAUUUAUGUAUGUCUUGGACAUCUUGUUUGACAUGGCUCGAUGGGUCGCAUAUGCUGCAUAUAACAUCAGUUCAGAAACCGAAUAUCAAAUUGCAAAACGGCGAUACAUGCAAAGUAGAAGAGAAAGCUCUACUACAACAUGGCAUUAUAUUGUCGGACAAAAACCUGUUUCUUAGAAUACAUUUUUAAAUAAUAGCAGCCACAUCGAUAGUAGGGCUAGUAAACUAAGCCUAUUCCUCAUCAUUGACAUUUUUGUACUACUCUUGUUGCAUUCAUACUCCCCC